AUGCAACUCACACCUCGCCGUCAUGAACUUCUUUCGGUCUAUAUGUUAGGCGCUGGGACACUAUUCCUCUAUCUGGGUUAUAUUAUGCAAGGAUUCAUAUCCGAAGCUGUCAUUCAUGCAGUGAGUGAACGAUAUCCAGGAAGGAUUUCGAGGCUUGCUGGAUAUUAUGGGCAAGCCUUCCAUUAUACGGCUUUUGCCACGUCGUCGCUUAUCACUCCAUCUAUACAAAGCUAUGUGAGCUCUAAAUGGAUUCUCACCCUGGCUAGUAUCCUGUUCGGAAUCUACUACCUGGGAUUUAUCCACGUCAAUUAUAUCUACUUCUAUAUCUCGCAAGCUCUUAUGGGCUUUAUAACAAUGGUGAAGGCGCGUACUUGUCUGAACAUUCGUCCAGACGGACUCUCGAAUCAAAUACGGGCAUUGAAACGGCAGUCGGUCACAGCAGACUGGAUCUCGGACAGGCCGAUCUUACCAUCGCAGUCCUACACAGAUGGAUCCGGCCGAACCGCCGCUUCGCAGUCCUACACGGACGCACAAAUUCAUUUGAUUUAUGGCACAUUCUUCGCAUUAAAUAUGAUAUCUGUUGUAAUAUUUGUAUGCCUGCCAACCAAACAGUACGACAGUAUCGCGUCGAAAUCUCAGGAGGUUGUGCCCAGCUUGAAGGAACAGUUUGGCAAAUUCAAGUCAUCUGUGACGGAAGUGAAUAUGUUGUUGCUAACGCCAUUUUUUGGCUACAUGGGCUUGAUCGUGUCAUUCCUUAUCGGCGCGGUCUAUCGAAUCCACACUUGCUUUUCACAUUCUGCUCUCUCUCCAGACAUUCUAUAUUGUUGCAGUCUCCCAGUCUUUGCCAAUGGGAUCAGCAGAGAUUUUUGGUACGCAACUUUUAUAAAUAGUGGUGUGGUGCUUCGGCGUUUGAUCAAAAAGUGUCAUGACUGGGGACUGAUCGUAACGAUUACUAUGCACUUCUUGGCAGUGUCGUCAGCGCUAGUGCUGAUCGUGCUUUCAGUACCUGAUAUGGCUACGAUUGAACCGACUAGUGCACCAACGUUGCUGAUCAAGCCCAGCAGAGCCGUUGUCGCUGUAGUCGGGUUCCUCAUGGGUAUGGGCGAUUUCACGAUCACUAUGGGCCGAGCAGUUAUUUGUCAAGUGGCUGUGCCCAAUGCUCGCAUGCAGGUCUUCUCUUUGAGCCGACUUUAUCCA